AUGCAUGCUGACGUACGUACGAUAUACGUGUUCUGCCCACAGAAAAGAGAUGAUGAGAAGGAAACGCUCGAUAAGCUAUUGAAAGACAAGAACCCUGAAAAAAUAGAAUCAAUUGUCUACCAAGUUUUGAAGCAGCGCCACUUCGAGGAGACCGUGCAACUAGCCGCUCAAUAUGAGAGGGAAAAAGAACUUACCAUCAGUGAGAAAAUCAGUGCAGUUACUUCAACUAGGCAGGAAGCAAAGGAAACAUUACUAGCCGAGCAAAGAAAAGAUAUGAUGGAAGUGGUAUCGAAUGUGAUGUCUUUGUCCAAUGCUGACCUCUCUAAGAAGAAGCUAGAACUGAAAAAACAGCACAAGAAACAGUUAACUGAGUUUGACAAAGCUACGCAAGAAUCUAUAGACAAGACCACCAAUAAGCCAAAUCCUGAGAAGGAGCUUCAGUACAACUCUCAAGUACUUGCACUACGGGAGAGGCAGAUCAAAGAACUAGCUCAAGUCAUUAGCGUGUAUUCACCAGAGCAAGCACUGGUCAAGAGCUAUGAGAUAGAAGCUGAGAGAGCCGCUGUGGAGGCUGAGCGAUUCCGUAAAGACAUUAUCGAAUCACGUGUAAAAAAAUUUGCCGUAUUGAAGGAAGAGCGGCGUCAAAAAGAAGAAGCUAGAAAGAAAGAAAGAGAGGCGAAAUUACGAGAGCUAGAGGCAGAGAUUGAGCAUGAGAAGACGAGAGACGUGCAGAGACAGGAGCAGCUGUCGGAGCGGUAUCAGGUGAUGCAGGAGCAGAGGAUUGCUCAGCAAGAGGCCAUACAUAAGAGGGCCCUGGAUGGGAACGCAGGGAUUUCAGAGCAAGAGAGACAGGUGAGAACUAAUACAUACAUCUGA